CAAGGACGCAAUAUUUCAGCGUAGAAUAAAUAAACUUCUUGGCGUAACUUUGUGUGAGGGCCCAUUCACUGCGCUGUGUCUUUUCUCACCUGUUCUGACGCCAGCUGAAGGACGUGGGUCUCACAAUAUGCUCUGAGCAUGCCUUGUAGUCCACACUGUGCAAUAAAACCACAUGUUGUUUUUGGAAGUUGAAAGAAGAAUAACUCACCACAGCUAUACUUCUGACUUGAACGAGCUGUCGCAAACGUUUUCGUGCUAGCAUCCCAGCUUUGCUCCUGGAAUGGACAGGACAUCAGAGCAGCGAUGGAGACGCUUUCAGAACAUCACAGGAGACGAAAAUCUGGGCACACCACGAAGUGUCGACUUUGAUAUCUAUCAAUCGGACGUGUUGAGCGUUGCUGGCGCCGCCACCCCUCAAACGAGACCCAGACUGGCUGUCUCAGAUUACAACAACAUACCUGUGCACGGGACCACACCAUUGACAGGGAAGCAGCACUGGACAGCCAGAAAGCCCCUUUACGACGCGGCCUCCACCCCAACCACACAUUUCACACCUCACCAAGACUUGCAACACGACAGCUUCCAGACCCCAGAGCCCUUUGAUGUCUCAGAUGGAGACUCAUCCGUCGACGCAGAAGAGCUGGAAGAGGUGCAGGAGCUCUUGGCAGAGAAAGAUGGAGAGCUGUCGGAGCUGCGGGAGAGAGUGGAACGUUUGGAGAGCCGCCGCGGAGCAAAGCAGCAGCUGAGGGCCCUGGAUGCCAGGACUCUAGAGCUCAAGGCGCAAAUGGAGGAGAAGCAGCGGCAGAUUGACAUAUUGAAAGGCAGGCGCACCAAGCGGCGCCCCAUUCUGCCCAUCCUAGCCAACGGCCUGGCCGUGUGCGAGAAGCGAGCCACAGAAGAGGCCGGCAAGCUUGCGUUGCGCGCGCUCAGAGCACUAAAUCUGAAGCCAGUGUCGCCGGAGACCCCCGAGACACCCCAGCCGCACACCCCGCUGUCCAGCCAGGGAGAUUCCAAGAGCCCAUUCUACUUCUCCCCCUGGUCCUUCCCGCCAGUCAACCCAGCAAAGGCAAGCAUGCGGCCCCUCCGGCAUGUGCAGAAGGGCAAGUAUGUGGUGAUGGCGGCAUGUGCUGCAAGUGGAGCACUUGCAUUCAGCCUGGCAGGGGAGCGGCUGUGGCUGGGCAGAGUAGAGCACCGCGGGCAGGACAGCCUCAAGCUGCACUACUAUCAGCAGCUCGCAGGUAGCCAAAACCAGCUGGCAUUCGAGCCAUGCGUGGACGCACGCGGAUACCCGCUGAUCGGCACUGAGCCGCUUACUCAGCGCAGCCUGGUGGCGGUGUUUGACGCGCUGGAGCGGCCGACGCGCGGCGGGGCCGGCCAUCUGCCGGCGGCCGCGGCGGAGGAAGUCGCCAAGCGGCUGCGCGGCCGAUCUGACGGCAGCAGCACGGAUGAGAACAGCCCCAGCCUCGCCAGCUGGGCCAGCCCCUUCUGA